GUGAAUGAUAUGUCUGCCCAAGUCAUCUCGGUGAGAAAUGAGCUGCUGUUGAGUCUUGAUGAGCUGGAGAACGGCCAGGCCUCACCUUUGAAUGUGGACUCCCACGACGACAAACAGGAAGCAGUAGCAGCACUUGCCGAGUACCUCCAUGGGGCCCAGUAUCUGAAGGCCAUACAGAUCUUGAGGAAAUUUAGAUCCCAGUGGCCCAAUGAUAUUUUUGGCAUGACUUUUGAAGAUGAUACAUUGACACUGCUCAACAUUUACUGCAGUAACCUGGCAGAAAAAAAUCAAG